AAUUUUUCCUUCACAUUUCCCCGCCUUUUCCCUCUCUUCUCUCUAUCUCUAGAGCAGCAAUUUUCAUAAUCGAAAUUUUUUUUCCAGGUGCACUGCUCACAUCCAUAGAUUUUUUUUUUUUGGAUUUUUGGUUUUUGUUCGUGUAGAUGAUAAUGGGAAAGAUACUUAGUUCGAUUUGGAGAUUUUGAUUUUGAUUUCGGUUUCUGGAACUUCGAAAUGACAUCGGUAGAGUCUUUAAGUCCGGUAAUUCGAACCAGGUUUCAUCUCGAUUCGAAUUGUAAUCUUCGCUGUUGGAAUGGAUUGGGGGUUCUCCGUUAUAAAUCUAGGGUGUAUCACCAGAAUUCAAACCGUUUUGUUCCGAAUUCGGUGCCCUUGCCCUCUGUAAAGUUAUAUAGAUUAGGGCCUUCAAAAAAUUCGGAUAGAUUUAACAUUUGGGGAGGUUUCGCGGGAAAAUUCGGAUCUAGGAAUAUCAAGAUAUGUGCAAAUGAUAGGGAUAGUGAUUCCACAGGUGGUUCAGGGGAGAAAAGUGAAGCUAAACCAAGCGAAACUCAGAGGGUGAGUAAGAACACAACGGAUUCUGGUUCUUCGUCAAACCGGAGGAAGGAGAAGCACAGAAAAGGAGGAGGUUGGUGGUGGUCUAAAGGUGGGAAAUGGCGGUGGCAGCCUAUAGUUCAGGCCCAAGAGAUUGGAGUUUUGCUUCUACAGCUUGGAAUUUUAGUUUUUGUUAUGCGGUUGGUUCGCCCUGGGAUUCCAUUACCAGGCUCUGAGCCUAGGACAAUGACGACAUUCAUAAGUGUUCCGUACAGUGACUUCUUAAGCAAGAUCAACAGUAAUAAUGUGCAGAAGGUGGAAGUGGAUGGUGUGAACAUCAUGUUUAAGUUGAAGUCUGAACCAGGGACUCAGGAAAGUGAAAUCAUUAGUGGAAGCAAGCUGCAGGAAUCAGACUCAUUGAUAAGAAGUGUUAAUCCGACUAAAAGAAUCGUUUAUACGACUACCAGGCCAAGUGAUAUUAAAACUCCUUAUGAUAAGAUGUUUGAAAAUGCAGUGGAAUUUGGGUCACCGGAUAAGCGGUCAAAUGGAUUCUUGAACUCUGCUCUGAUAGCUUUGUUCUAUGUUGUAGUGCUUGCUGGGCUUCUCCAUCGGUUUCCUGUAACCUUUUCACAGCAUACAGCUGGUCAAAUUAGGAACCGUAAGUCUCGGGGUUCUGGUGGGGCAAAAGUCUCUGAACAAGUUGAAUCAAUAACUUUUGCUGAUGUGGCUGGUGUUGAUGAGGCUAAAGAGGAGCUUGAAGAAAUCGUGGAAUUUUUAAGGAGUCCAGAUAGGUAUAUUCGACUUGGUGCUCGGCCUCCUCGAGGUGUCCUCCUGGUGGGUCUUCCGGGGACAGGUAAGACUCUUUUGGCAAAGGCAGUCGCUGGGGAAGCUGAAGUACCCUUUAUAAGUUGUUCUGCUAGUGAAUUUGUAGAACUAUAUGUUGGCAUGGGUGCCUCUCGUGUGAGAGAUCUCUUUGCACGAGCGAAGAAAGAGGCACCAUCAAUCAUCUUUAUUGAUGAGAUCGAUGCUGUAGCAAAAAGUCGUGAUGGUAAAUUCCGUAUUGUCAGUAAUGACGAGAGGGAGCAGACCUUGAAUCAGUUGCUUACUGAGAUGGAUGGGUUUGACAGCAACGCUGCUGUAAUUGUUCUUGGUGCUACCAAUCGAUCAGAUAUUUUAGACCCUGCUCUUCGCCGACCUGGAAGAUUUGAUCGUGUUGUCAUGGUGGAAACACCCGACAGAACUGGAAGGGAAGCAAUUUUGAAAGUACAUGUUACCAAGAAAGAUCUCCCCCUUGCGGAUGAUGUCAACCUCAUUGAUAUUGCUUCUAUGACCACAGGCUUUACAGGGGCAGAUCUUGCAAACCUGGUUAAUGAAGCUGCUCUUUUGGCUGGAAGACAAAGCAAAAAUGUUGUGGAAAAAGAAGAUUUUAUUCAAGCAGUGGAGAGAUCGAUAGCUAUGGCGUCAGUUCAUGCUACCAUAACACCAGCUGUUGGUAAGAGCGGGAACCAUUCUUACCCUACGAAAUCACUAAAUUCUGCCUUUUUGCCUGGGUUUGACAUGGUUGGACGUAUUUCCGGUGCAUGCAAGGACUCAUACCCUUCAUCUAUUACCAUAACUCCUAGAGCCACUUUAACCUCUGAACCCAUGGAAACCAGUAGAGUGAAAGCCAAAAACAAUAAACAUACAGUUGAUCCUUCAUCUCCCGACUUUCUGCCGCUUCCUUCAUUUGAACAAUGUUUCCCAAAAAGCACAAAAGAACACAAGGAAGUUGUUCACAAAGAAACUGGGCAUGUGCUCAAAGUACCCUUUCGUCGGGUUCAUCUAUCUGGUGAUGAACCAAACUUUGACAAUUAUGACACUAGUGGUCCUCAAAACAUCAGCCCCCGUACUGGAUUGCCUGAACUUCGGAAGGACUGGGUCGAUAGGAGGGACAAAUUAGGUGCACCAAGAUACACACAGAUGUAUUAUGCCAGGCAAGGAAUCAUUACUGAGGAAAUGUUGUUUUGUGCCACUCGUGAGAAGCUGGAUCCGGAGGUUGUCAGGUCAGAGAUUGCUCGCGGGCGGGCAAUCAUCCCUUCCAACAAGAAGCAUUUGGAGUUGGAGCCUAUGAUUGUGGGUAGAAAUUUCUUGGUCAAAGUAAAUGCAAAUAUUGGAAACUCUGCUGUUGCAAGUUCUAUUGAAGAAGAAGUUUAUAAAGUCCAAUGGGCGACCAUGUGGGGAGCUGAUACUGUCAUGGACCUCUCUACCGGUCGUCACAUACAUGAAACUCGUGAGUGGAUAUUGCGUAACUCAGCCGUACCAGUAGGAACCGUUCCCAUAUAUCAGGCACUUGAAAAAGUGAAUGGAAUAGCUGAAAACCUCACGUGGGAGAUUUUCAGGGAAACACUGAUUGAACAAGCUGAGCAGGGUGUAGACUAUUUUACUAUUCAUGCCGGGGUCUUACUUCGAUACAUCCCUCUAACAGCAAAAAGAAUGACAGGAAUUGUAUCACGUGGUGGAUCUAUUCAUGCAAAGUGGUGUUUGGCCCAUCAUAAGGAAAACUUUGCUUACGAACACUGGGACGACAUACUUGACAUCUGUAAUCAGUAUGAUAUAUCUCUAUCAAUUGGUGAUGGGCUGAGACCUGGUUCAAUUUAUGAUGCCAACGACACUGCUCAAUUUGCAGAGCUCUUGACUCAGGGCGAACUGACUCGUAGAGCAUGGGAAAAAGAUGUGCAGGUAAUGAAUGAAGGACCUGGACACGUUCCGAUGCAUAAGAUUCCCGAAAACAUGCAAAAACAGCUUGAGUGGUGCAAUGAAGCUCCGUUUUACACUCUUGGUCCUUUAACUACGGAUGUAGCUCCUGGAUAUGACCAUAUUACCUCUGCCAUUGGUGCUGCCAAUAUUGGGGCUCUUGGCACGGCUCUUCUCUGUUAUGUUACACCGAAAGAGCACCUAGGAUUGCCAAAUCGUGAUGAUGUGAAGGCUGGAGUAAUAGCAUAUAAGAUAGCUGCUCAUGCAGCUGAUCUAGCCAAAGGUCACCCACAUGCUCAAUCAUGGGAUGAUGCACUGAGCAAGGCGAGAUUCGAGUUCCGGUGGAUGGAUCAAUUUGCUUUGUCAUUGGACCCUAUGACUGCCAUGUCCUUUCAUGAUGAAACCUUGCCAUCAGAAGGUGCCAAGGUGGCUCACUUCUGUUCCAUGUGUGGACCUAAGUUCUGCUCCAUGAAGAUAACCGAGGAUGUGCGGAAGUAUGCUGAAGAACACGGGUACGGGAGCGCAGAGGAAGCUCUGAAGCAAGGGAUGGAUGCUAUGAGUGCUGAGUUCUUGGCUGCAAAGAAAACCGUUAGUGGUGAACAACAUGGUGAAACUGGUGGAGAAAUCUACUUGCCUGCAAGCUACAUGGACUCCCUGAAGAGGUGAAGGACCGCUCACGAAGAAGAGGGUUGGAAGUGCAGGAGACUCGUCGUCGACGAUUGGAUGACCAAAACCGAAAUUAAAUACUCGCUCUCGAGUCUCCAGCUUCAGGCCAUGGAAGAGUACAAAGUUUAGCUUGUUCAUUCCCUUUCACUGGCUGUAUUUAAGUUCGUCUGCUUUGUUUCUCUAUCUAUUGGAACUAAGAAAAAGUUGUUACUUUGCUUUAUGUUUU